CACGUAUAGUAGCAAAUGCAUCUACGCCGCUCUCUAGAAAACCCCUCCAGUGCUCUCAGUCUCAUCAGCUACUGAAAAUUUCAGUGACAGAACCAAAUCAUAAACCCGAAACCGAAGCUCUAUUCGGUCCUCUGCUCUCCUCGACCAGCACCGACACAUUCUCGACGUAACGUAACAGACUUCUCGGCCUAAGCUUAAAUUUGUAGGAUUUUGUUGAGAGAUUUUCUCGCUAGUUUGGUGAUAUCCGACUAAAUAUAUAUAGAUUGAUCCUGAGAAUACUAUGGCUACUCUGACAGCUGCACAGUUGGUGUCGAGGAGCAGCCAUGGAUCAGAAGCAAAGCCUCAGAUUGGACUCAGGACUCAAACCAUGACUUACCAUGGCUUAAGGUCUCUCAACAUGGUGGAUAAGCUGCAAAUGAGAAAACAAUCCAAGGCAGUGGCUACCAAAGCUGGGAAAAAAGUGUCUGCAACAAAGAAUGAUAGACCUUCCGGCAAUAUCAUUUGUGGGCAAGGCAUGAACUUGAUCUUUGUUGGAGCUGAAGUUGGUCCGUGGAGCAAAACUGGUGGACUUGGUGAUGUUCUUGGAGGACUUCCCCCGGCCAUGGCUGCAAGAGGGCACCGGGUGAUGACAGUCUCUCCUCGCUAUGACCAGUACAGGGACGCAUGGGACACCAGUGUAUUGGUGCAGAUUAAAGUUGGGGAUAAAAUUGAAACUGUCCGCUUCUUCCACUGCUACAAGCGAGGAGUUGAUCGUGUGUUCGUGGAUCACCCAAUUUUCCUUGAGAAGGUUUGGGGCAAAACUGGGUCCAAAAUCUAUGGCCCCAGAGCAGGAAUCGAUUACAAGGACAACCAAAUGCGAUUUAGCUUGUUGUGCCUAGCUGCUCUUGAGGCACCAAGAAUUCUGAACUUGAACAGCAACAAAUAUUUCUCAGGACCAUAUGGAGAGGAUGUUAUCUUCAUUGCCAAUGAUUGGCACGCUGCUAUUCUUCCAUGUUACCUAAAAUCCAUUUACAAACCUAUGGGAAUUUACCAGAGUGCCAAGGUUGCCUUUUGCAUCCACAACAUUGCAUAUCAGGGCAGAUUUGCCUUCUCAGACUUCUCACUUCUCAACUUGCCAGAUCAAUAUAAGGGCUCCUUUGACUUUAUCGAUGGAUAUAAUAAGCCUGUCAAGGGAAGGAAAAUCAAUUGGAUGAAGGCUGGAAUCUUGGAAUCAGACAGGGUUUUGACUGUGAGCCCAUACUAUGCCCAGGAACUUGUUUCUGGAGAAGAUAGAGGUGUGGAGCUGGAUAAUAUCAUUCGCAAAACUGGCAUUACUGGUAUUGUAAAUGGUAUGGAUGUCCAGGAGUGGAAUCCUGCUACUGACAAAUAUAUAGAUAUCAACUAUGAUGCAACAACUGUUAUGGAUGCAAAGCCUUUAUUAAAGGAAGCUCUUCAAGCAGAAGUUGGGUUGCCUGUUGACAGGAACAUUCCUUUAAUUGGUUUCAUUGGUAGACUAGAAGAGCAGAAAGGUUCAGAUAUUCUGGUUGCAGCUAUUUCACAGUUGGUUCAACACAAUGUGCAAAUAGUAAUACUUGGAACUGGCAAAAAAGGCUUUGAAAAGCAAAUUCGACAGCUGGAGGUAUUGUACCCAGAUAAGGCUAGAGGAGUUGCAAAAUUCAAUGUCCCGUUGGCCCAUAUGAUCAUAGCUGGUUCUGAUUUUAUGUUGAUACCAAGUAGAUUUGAGCCCUGUGGUCUCAUUCAAUUGCAUGCUAUGCGAUAUGGAACGGUGCCCAUUGUUGCUUCCACUGGUGGUCUUGUUGACACUGUUAAAGAAGGUUACACAGGAUUCCAAAUGGGGGCCUUCCACGUUGAAUGUGACAGAGUUGAUCCGGCUGAUGUAGCUGCAGUGGUUACAGCUGUUGUAAGAGCUCUUGCCACUUAUGGCACCGUUGCUUUAAGAGAAAUGAUUCUGAACUGCAUGGCCCAGGAUCUUUCAUGGAAGGGACCAGCCAGAUUGUGGGAGAAGAUGCUUCUGGACCUGGAAGCUGCUGGCAGUGAACCUGGCGUUGAAGGGGAGGAGAUUGCUCCUCUCGCUAAGGAGAAUCUCGCCACUCCUUGAGCAGCAAAGAUAAUAUGUUUCUGAGGGUUUCUAAUGUUUGACCGUAGCAAAUACAUAAUACAUAGACAUCUAUUCCAGUCGCAAGCCUUGUGGCGAUCGGUCCAGUUCUCGAAUCAAAGGGAUUUUGCUACAUUUUUCCUCUUUCUGUUAUGGUGUUCUCUUCCUGAUGAAUGUUAUUUCAAUCAGGGUAAAAGAGAAUUCACCAACUAACGUGUGUAAUCUCGUUGUGUGGGAUCUUAACAGAAAAUUCACAGCCUUUUUGCAAGGGCUUUUAUGUGAGUAAAUAAAAUUUUAUCAUCUGAUAAAUAAUGUUUCUUGUC